AUGGAGGAGUUUGAUCUAUUGACAGAGAGGUGAGGUAGGGAGCUUGGAGACGGCUAGAGCAGAGUUAGGGAUGUUAUGUAACGUGCUACCUUAGACUAGAGCAGGGCUCUCCAACCCUGUUCCUGGAGCGCUACUGGCCUGUAGGUUUUCAAUCCAAGCCUAAUCUAGCGCACCUGAUUCUAAUAAUUAGCUCGUUGAUAAGCUGAAUCAGGUUAGUUACAACGGGUUGGAUUGAAAACCUACAGGAGGGGAGCUCUCCAGGAACAGGGUUGGAGAGCCCUGGUCUAAGGGCAAAUAAUAGCAAUGUAGCACAUGUUAUUGUUCUGUGUGUGGGAGCUUUAUGUCAAACAAGAUUUGCAUGAUACAGUAACUAUAGUACUACUGUACAAUAGGAUUCGGUGUGAAUUGUUCUGCUGAUAUGUGCGUAGUUGACGAAAAUAUGAAAUAGUUGUAGUGUUGUUUGUGUAUGGGUCUUCCUGUGUGUAUGGCCAGCAGGCUCAGAGGAAAUGAGCCAGCACAGCAGUUUCGGGAGGAUAGACACUAGAGACUAGUGGUGUCCAACUAAUUUAGCCCCGGAGGCCGCAUUCGUAUGGAUAUAGGUCCAUUAUUUCGACAGUUUGAAUUUGGUUUUGGUCAUUUUAAAGUAUAUUGUGUUUGUCUCUUCACAGGACUCCUCUUGGGGCCUCUCUGGAUGAACAGAGCAGCACUCAGUCCAAGGGUGAAUUCCCCUCCUCUACUAUAACAUCAGUCCUGUUCUAUAAAACUAACUCUCAUAUGGAAAAAGAUAAUGUGUUAGUAUAUCUGUGGAGGUGGUGUGUGUGUCUGUGUGUGCCAAGGAGUAUUUAGAAACUCUCACCACACCUUGGAGCCCUAGUUUACUUUGGAGCGUACUAGCCAGCUUCUUUACUCAUACACCCACACUCACUCCAGUUACCAGUUGGUACCUUUGUCAAACUCUUAUUGUCCUUGUAAAUCGAAGUAAGAAACAGACUCAGGCACAAUACAAGUAUCCUGAGCUAAAAGGAAUAACAUUUAGAUUCCCUGUAUCCCCUGUAUUUGCUUUAAUGUCUUCCUGGUAAUGCAAAACUACCUGGGCUGCUGGUGCCCUUUGAUCAAUGGCUAUCUACAGUAGGUAAGAUUUACCAACCAACCAGCGACGAAAGUCCUUGACGGUAAAUAUUUGUCCUAACCAUCUGUAAAUGUUUGUCAUGGUUUGAAGCAUUUGUCUGUUGUAGGCUGUUCAAACCAUGCAAAAUGUUUUUUACAGUCACAAGGUUUUUAUUCGAAUGGUUAUGUAGUCUAUUGUAGGGUAUACAAUGCAUUCGGGAAAUAUUCAGACCCCUUGACUUUUUCCACGUUUCACUACAUUACAGCCUUAUUCUAAAAUGGAUUUUUUUUUUUAAGACCUCAAUCUACACCCAAUACCUCAUGAUGACAAAGCAAAAACAGGUUUUUAGAUUUUUUUUGCAAAUGUAUAAAAUAUUACAUUUACAUAAGUAUUCAGACCCUUUACUCAGUACUUUGUUGAAGCACCUUUGGCAGCGAUUACAGCCUACAGUCUUCUUGGGUAUGACGCUACAAGCUUGGUACACCUGUAUUUGGGGAGUUUCUCCCAUUCUUCUCUGCAGAUCCUCUCAAGCUCUGUCAGUUUGGAUGGGGAGCGUCGCUGUACAGCUGUUUUCAGGUCACUCCAGAGAUGUUAGAUCGGGUUUAAGUCCAAGCUCUGGCUGGGCCACUCAAGGACAUUCAGUGACUUGUCCCGAAGCCACUCCUGUGUGGUCUUGGCUGUGUGCUAAGGGUCGUUGUCCUUUUAGAAGGUGAACCUUCACCCCAGUCUGAGGUCCUGAGCACUCUGGAGCAGGUUUUCAUCAAGGAUCUCUCUGUACUUUGCUCCGUUCAUCUUUCCCUUGAUGCUGAAUAGUCUCCCAGUCCCUGCCGCUGAAAAACAUCCCCACAGCAUGAUGCCGCCACCACCAUGCUUCAUCGUAGGGAUGGUGCCAAGUUUCCUCCAGACAUGACGCUUGGCAUUCAGGCCAAAGACUUCAAUCUUGGUUUCAUCAGACCAGGGAAUCUAGUUUCUCAUGGUCUGAGAGUCGUUAGGUGCCUUUAGGCAAACUCCAAGCGUGCUGCCAUGUGCCUUUUAUUUGAGGAGUGGUUUCCAUCUGGCCACUCUACCAUAAAGGCCUCUAUGGAAAGAUGACUCUCACAAACACGAUUUAACUAAAGGUAUUUUCUGUCCUUUACAGGAGUGCUAAAGAAUGGAUGCGACUUUGAAGACUACUUUUGUCUGGGAGCUGAGGGUAAGUGACUAGACGUGUGUUAGGGUGGUGUGUGUGUGUGUGUGUGUGUGUGGUGGUGUGUGGGUCACUAGAGCAAUACAAUCUAGGACAGGGAUGGGCAACUGGAGGGCCCCGCAUGCUGCAUAAAAAAAAAAAAAGAAGGAAGAAAAAAAAAACUGAAAUUGGUGGGGAACUCAGUCUGGGCUGGCGUGGUUACACGUGGUCUGCGGUUGUGAGGCCGGUUGGACGUACUGCCAAAUUCUCUAAAAUGACGUUGGAGGCGGCUUAUGGCAGAGAAAUAAACAUUACAUUCUCUGGCAACAGCUCCUUCAAAACUUGAGACAUCUGUGGGUGUUGUGUGGAAAAACGACACAUUUUAGAGUGGCCUUUUAUUGUCCCCAGCACAAGGUGCACCUGUGUCAUGUUGUUUAAUCAGCUUCUUGAUAUGCCACACCUGUCAGGUGGAUGGAUUAUCUUGGCAAAGGAGAAAUGCUCACUAACAGGGAUGUAAACAGAUUUGUGCACAACAUUUUAGAGAAAUACGCUUGUUGUGCGUAUCAAAAAUUAUUUCGGGGAUAUUUUAUUUAGGCUCAUGAAAAAUGGGACCAACAUUUUACAUGCUGCAUUUAUAUUUUUGUUCAGUAUAUAUUGGUUGCAUUGCGCCAGGUGAGCUCACUCAAGCCCAGCUAAAGUAUUUGAAAUGAUUUUGCCCAGGUGUGGUCACUUACACCACGUUGUUCAUAGGAAGUGUGUUUUGGUAUUCGUUCUUUUACAAUGUCAUUACUAUCAAAGAGGGUAGUUACUGUAUACUUGCCAAAUACAGUCCUUUAUACAAUCAGACCUGUAUGGAAUGGCUUUGAGGUUUAUUGUUGGUAGUGCAUGGCUGGUGCUGUCAAAGCUGUGACUAAACUACAUAUUUCUCAUUCUUCCACUCAGCUCAACAGCUGUAGUGAUGAAUGCUCCCUAAUAUGCUACUGUAUGUUGUUGAUCUCUUUUGAGAGUUGGGGUCAGUCAGAUUUUUUACUGCAUGGUUGAACUCCACACAUUUCUAUUGUGUUUGUGCAGACCAGAGACUGUGGAUGGUAGGUAGUGUGUUUGGCUGAGGUUGGUUCCUGUAAGGUCGGCUCUGACAUGUCUAGUCUCAGGUUCUGUCCCAAAUGGGACCCUAUUCCCUAUAAAGUGCACUACUUUUGACCAGAGCCAAUUUGGGUAUUAGGGUGCCAUUUGGGACGUACCCAUACAGUGAAGCAAAGCAAGGGGCCUAGUCAAAUCUGAGAUCAGUGUUCUAUUGUGUCCAUGUCAUAACGCCCCAUGAUGAGUCAAUCUUACGCAAUCUCCGGUCUAGCAGAGCUACAAGGUACAAGUCUCAACAGAAACCUGUAUGAGGGCCCUUCACCAUUCUGGCGCCAAUCCACUCCAUCAGUGAGUGGCAAUGAUGUGGAUAGAUGGAUGUAUGUAGAGAAAACAUCACCACUUAUUGCUACUGUUAAUGCUCACACACACAACAACAGAAUUAGGAGUAAUUCAAUGGAAACACAUGCUUUGAUGAUUAUCCUGCUCAUUGAGGCUAAAGAACCAGUUAGGCUGAUUGUGUUGGUUCAGUUCCAGGCAGGCAACUGACAAUGUGUACUCUCCUGUCUCUGUCUCAACCAGGACCUGGGUUCAGAUACUAUUCGAAGUCUUUUAAAUACUUUCAGUGUUUGCUCUAGCCUUCCUGGAGUGCCAGAUGGGAGGAGUUUACAGUUUUGGGACUAUUCUAUUGAUCGAUCAAGCCAAGCAAGCUCAGUUAAGCUCAGAUAAAGCAUUUAAAAUGGUACAGUAUUAUUUCGAAUAGUAUUUGAACCCAGGUCCUGGUUGAGACAGUCAAGCGUCCAUGGUUUCUUUGCGUCACUAAGGCGGCCUGGAAGAAGCCAUCAGACUCGGAGCAGGAUUUUCUCCUGACAGAUGAGGCUAGUCCAGACUUCAGGAGGACCCUCUUUACUCUCUGUAUCUAAACCAGAAUUCUGUCAUUAUGUUCCUCUUUGUCUCAAAGACAAGGAUUUGGUUCUGGGGAUUCUCAUUUUGACAGUGGCCUCUUUUGCUUAUGUUAUAUGUGUGAAAGGGAAGGCUUCUAAUUUUUAGAAAUGGUUGACUUGGAAUCACUGCAAAAACAAACCAUUCUGUGAUGUUUCAUAUCUAUUGUCCUUGAUCACAAAUGCUUGACAGCAGUCACCUUGAUUUUAUAUUUUACAGAAGUAGAAAUGUUAGUUUUUUCUAUAUCAGUAUUUUCUACAGUAUAAAAAGCUUUUUUCUUUCUUUCUUUCUUUCUUUCUUUCGUUCUUUCGUUCUUUCUUUCUUUCUUUCUUUCUUUCUUUAGCCAACCGUCUUCAGCCCAAAAGUACCAAAGCAGAGACACCUUGGUAAGUGAGACCACCCUCCUUAUUCUAUUGGCCACUCCUCACCCCCCUCAGUUCAGUCCCAGCAGUAUUCUUACUGGCUGUGGUGUGAAUACUUUAUCGAUCACCGCUUGCUCACUCUGCUCCCCAGCUAUGGAAUACCUGCAAAGGACAAGAGGAGCCAGUUCCUACAGACCAGGAGUAUGAACUCAAUAGGCUCAGGGAAGAGCAGCACCAGUGUUUCCAGGUGAGUAGUAGACACUCAGAUGGGCAGGCCCUGAGCCUCAGCCAAGCUCUGUGGUUGGUUUCGGCCCUUCUGGGUUUGAACUGAAGCCAGCCAAAAAAGGUUUUGAGGGCUCUGGUUCAUUCAUAUGUUACAGCGCUGCAUUAUUAGUAUGGUAACCAGAACAUUUUAGGUCCCAAGAAAGAGCUAAAAGCUGAUACGCUGUAUCAAGUUUAAUAAAAUAGUCUGUCAGAAGUUAGUUAGCGAAGAAGUUUUGAAGUAUCUCUGUUUUAUCUCAGAUUUUUCAUUGUUUCAUUAAUGGUUCAGCACUGCAUUAUUUCAACAGUGUAUUUUCUAUGCGUUCAUUCUUGGAUACCUGUAAUACUUUGUUUGUGUCUCCAGUGUGUCUGAGUUGUUGGACCUGUAUGAAGAGGAUCCAGAAGAGAUCCUAUAUAACCUGGGGUUUGGCCGGGAGGAGCUGGAUAUCGCCUCGAAGAUCCCCUCGCGCUUCUUUAACAGCCCCUCUUGUGCUAAGGGCAUCGACCUCAAGGUCUACCUGGAAGCACAGCUACAACGCACGGAGAUGGAAAAACCCAACUAUGCCCUGACAAGUAUGUUAAUGCUCUGUCGGUUUGCCUCCAACUGUCUCGCUUUGUCUUUCUAUUGCUGUCUUGGUUCAUGAGGGAGCUUGAGUGGGUCAUCGAGCACUGCGAGAGAGGAUCUGAGAGAGAGAAGACGGAGAUCGAGACGAGGAAGCGAGAGAGAGAGUAGAGAGAGAUAGCAGAGCGACAGGAUCGAGAGCGAGAGAGAGCGAUGAGACGAAGAGAGAGCUUAGCGAGAUCGUCUUCUCGUAGCUCUCCUCAUAUCUGCUUCUCUAUCCUAUCGUCUCUCUAUAGCUCUCUUCUCCUCUCUCUCAUCUACUCUCUCUUCUCUCCUCUCUCUCCCUCUCUCUCUCUCUCUCUCUCUCUCUCUCUCUCUCUCUCUCUCUGAGCUGUGAAAAUAGUGUAUCGCCUGGAAACACUGAUCGUAUCACUGUUCGCUACCAUAAAAUGGUCCAGACAUACUGGCAUGUACAGUACCAGUCAAAAGUUUGGACACACCUACUCAUUCAAGGGUUUUUAUUUAUUUUUUAUAUUUUCUACAUUGUAGAAAAAUAGUGAAGACAUCAAAACUAUUAAAUAACACACAUGGAAUCAUGUAGUAAGCAAGAAAGUGUUAAACAAAUCGAAAUAUAUUUUAGAUUCUUCAAAGUAGCCAGGGAUGAGAAUCUCUCUUCAAGCCCUUUUGAAGUUUCAACCCUCCCAGUUAAGUUUGUGAGAAGUUUUGUUGUCUUCCUUUUGAGUUGUUGUUGAUUUGCAGCAGCCCCACCACUAACCGAAGGCCUUGCUGUUUCUGUUUCUUAAGUGUUGACUUGACGUACAGCAUACUGAUCAUGGGAAUUAUGGUUGACCUGUGAGCUGUGACAGCCUGUGCCUACUGUGCCCAUGAAGCUGUUUUUUAUUGUCAUGAUGCAGCUUUUUCUGUCAUCAUCCUCCAAAUGAACUGCACCCAUGAGGCUGAAUGUGCUGAUGAGAGAGACAAAUAUAAACAGGCUUUCUGGAGACUAGCUAGCUAGAGCCUUGGGUCAAAGGACUCAGCAAGUCAUUGUUUCUAUUAUGAUUCUUAUUUUGCUCUCUUUAUCGAGUUUAUCAAGUUUCCUCUAAGCUAAAGGUUGUAUUUUCAUUCCAGUUUCCUCUCUCUUUCUUUCCCUGUAAAGGUCGUUUCCGUCAGAUCGCGGUCCUGACCACAGUGGCCAACGAGUUAUUCCAUCUCUACUCCCAGGUGUCGGGCCAGCCCGUCCAAAAGAUCUGCAGCCUGGAUGGGGAACCCCUCACCAUCAUCGCUUCUUCUCCUCUGAAGAGAAACAACUCAGCCCUGAACGCAGCCAGGAUCCUAAAGAAGACCAUCACCAAGCAUAACCUGUUUGGUGGGGCAGCAGAGGGAGUCUCUCAUAGCCCCACAGCCCUGUCUACUACCACAGAGAAACAAGCAGACCAAUUGAGUCUAGGUACAGGGGACAGCGCCAUCACUACUGACUCCGACAAUAAGGGGGAGCUCAAGCAGAAGGCCUUCAUGAAGAAGGAAUCUCCUUCUCUGGCUACGUUGACUGAGGACAGCCACUCUAGAGGCAGCACUGAAGCCCCCCUGAGCAUCAACAGACAUCACCCUGGAGUGAAUGGAGACUGUCCCUUGCUAAAUGGAAAUGGCCAGAAUCACAUCUCGGUCACUGUCAGUGUUGUCCCUGAGGAGGCCCAGGAGGGUGACCUGAGCCUGUACAGCAAGGCUGACCUGGGGAAAGAGCACCAGAAAAUCCAUCAGAAGGGCCAGCAGGCCAUCCGAUCAACCCCAGACGAGGAACCUAACUACAGCUUGCUGCCCAACCCUCACAUCGCCCACCUCCGCACGCAGGCCAAGGACUCCUUUGAGAUGGAAGAGGUAGAGGACCAUACUCACACACGGGUUGAGGGGGGUUCAAUUCUUGGCUUAGUUGUACUGUUAUACCGCUCCCUCUAGUUCAGUAUACGUUUUGACAGCACACAGAAGGUUGAGAAGAGGGUGUUGAAUUCUGGGCUUAGCAGUAGUAGGCUACUGUCCACCCAGUUUGAGAUGGAGGUAGGACCGUCCGCAGAAACACAGGGUUGUGGAGAGGGAUUCAAUGAUUGACUGAGUUUAGCUAUUCUGCCCUCCCAGUUCAAUAUAACGUUUUUUUCUUAUCUUUAUCUCCUGGUUCUCACACUGGCCUGUUUUUCAAACCCUGGUUUUAGCUGUCCUAGCAGAUAUUGUGAGAAAAGCUAAGGUCACAAACUCGUGUCUAUAAAUAAGUAAGAAAAUUAUGAGAGAGCAUAUGGAGGGCCCUGGAGGCCAAGUUAUUAUUGUGACUCGAUCUGCAGUUUUUCCCUCCUCUCUCUCCAGAUCUCACAGAACGGGAUUAUAGUUACAGUAACUGGAUGUGUAGAAGUUGCUCCAAGUGUUUUUCUGUUUGACUUUGUUUCACCACACAAUAGAAGUAACUGUGGAAGCCUUAUGUUCCACAUACUGCAGGAACGAAGAGGAUUAAGUUAGUAAAGAGUAAAAUGUUGUCUAUCUCUCCUCUCAGGUCCAGAGUAAUGAGGAUGAAGCUCUACCUGGAACAUGCAGCACCUCUAGAGCUGGCAGUGGUGAGUCUGGCCUGCAUUUUAUACGCCUUAUAAGACAUUAUAAAGGCUCAUACUUGCUUAUAACAAAUCAUAAUACCUUUCAGCUUGAUGUAAAGUGUUACCGAACUUUCCAACGUGGAUAUCCACUAAUAUGAACAAUCACUUUAUUACAUUAAAACCAUAUGUUCUGUAGUUGAUCAGUAAAAUUAGUUAACUGGCAUAAUCACCAUCUCUCAAAUAUUCACUCAAAUGUUUUGUCUUAUGAAAAGUAAUUAAAUACUACCGUAGUGUACUCUGAUGGAAUUCUCCAUAUUGGCCUUUUAGACAGACACACAGGUGUAUCCUGGCCAGUUUUGUCCACGUCAACAAAUUGUAGCACAGGUUUUAGAUUAGUGACUUCAGGGAAGAAGAGCGCAGAUAUUUAGGGAACAUUUUGAGGAUGGUGAUCGAAUGGUUUAAUUUAGCUAUUAUUUCUGAGAAAAUUGCUACUUACAACACAUGGACCCAUGACAAUCCAUUAUAAUUGAGUAACCCAUCUAAAACAGAGGGCCGCUUUUCUCAUGAACUUAUACAUGUUUUAUUAGAUAAAACCUUAUAUAACGACUCAGUAUAUUUAUUUCCCUACUGACCGUGAUAAUCUAUUAGAACAUAGAGCCUCAGGGAUGUGCUCUUCAGGGAAUCACUAUAACCCAAAAUACAUGGAGCUGAAGUUAACUAAAUGGAUGACGACUGCCAUCUGGUGGGGAACUCUAUGUACUUUUUAAAAUGUGUGUAUAACACAAGUUAUAUAGAUCGGUUGGUUGUUUAGCAACAAAACAGACACGUGCGCCACUAUGGGGAAUAACGGCUUAGAUUUUUGAUAACAUGUUGAAAACAUAAAGUUGCAUAAUGAGUACUUGUCUCAAAUACAUCGUUACAGUUGUUGGUUAGAUGGCUAGCUAGCUAUCUAGCCAAUUUUAGCCAUAUUAGCAUAGACAUGUCAGUCAAAACACCUCAAAACAAGACAUGGUAUCAAGAACAAGAUCAAACAAGUUGAAACAAGCCACUUAUGAUUCACCACAUGGCCGUUUCUUGUGAUUGUUGCUAGCUAUCUGGCCAUCCAGAACCAUAACAACACAGGCCUUCUGCCCCUUUGAAACGUGCCCAUUGUUUUCAUAACAUUGUCAGCAAACCCGACUAUUGUAAAUGUAAUGCAAGUGUGUGAUAUCACUGUGUUGCAAAGAUACCAAUGGAACACAGAUGUUUGACUCAACUACAAUGUUUCUCGUAAUUCCUAUGAAAAUGUUUAUUACUUAUUUUGUUUAAACCCAGAUUGAUGGUCCUCAUGGACGUCACCGGGACCUGGCUAUGAUUUUGGGUCAGCCCCGAAUCUUUUGCGCUGCUGCAAAAUGUAAUCAACUAAGUGCGCCACUUAGUUCAUAGACCUGUGGUUACAUGAAACUCCCGAAGUCAUCCAACUGAUAUAAUCAGGGGUGUAGUGCUGCUGGAGCGACGCUCCGCCACUUCUCAGAAUCUCGCAAGGUCACUUAAUGAUGAAUUAGUCAUCUAUAUAACACACCGAAUAUAAAAGCAUGAUAAUGUCAGGCUACUGUAAUACCAAAAAUACCAUGUAAUUUCUUAUGACAAUUUAGGAUGAUUGUGUUGAAAUGUUGCAUUUUUUUUCUUAUGCAGUGGCUGUGUUUAACUCCAUCUGCUCUAAAAUUCGAUUAGUUCGGCCGGUUAGCCACCCAUACUUACAUCAUUCAAGAAGAUCGAAAGGCAUAUUCCCAUGAAACUGGUUGGGAUCAAAUAGUUGGCAUGCAUGCAGCAUGGACGUUUCACCUGUAAAACGUGAAGAAUUAUCAUUCACGAUUGACAUUGAUGAUGGCAUAAUUUAUGAUUUGGUGUUUUAGAUUUUAAAAAUAGAAAAUGUUCCUUUAGCCACUUACAGUAUGUGUAGGCAUAGGCAAUCAUGCAAUUUGAAUUAUGUAUAUUCUAAAAUGAAUUUAUACAAUAGGCUUCAUAUCUUCAUGGGGCGGCAGGUAGCUUAGUGGUUAAGAGCGUUGUGCCAGUAACUGAAAGGUCGCUUGUUCUAAUCCCCGAGCCGACUAGGUGAAAAAUCUGUCGAUGUGCCCUUGAGCAAGGCACUUAACCCUAAUUGCUCCUGUAAGUCGCUCUGGAUAAGAGCGUCUGCUAAAUGACUAAAAUGUAAAAUGUCGGUACCAACUUUCAUUCAGAAAUGAUGGGUUAAUAAUAUAUAUAUUUUUAAAUGGCUCUCUGGUAGGCUACCUAAAAAAAAUAGCACUACACCACUGGUUAUAAUACAUGUAAAGCAAUUGCCAUGUGUGGUCAACUGAUAAUUGGGACAGCGUCAUGGUGCUACUUUGAGACAAGCAUGGAAACUCAUCUUGAUGAAUCAGUUAAUGUCAGAUUUGAGUUUUCACUGAAUCUCCAUUUGGAUAUUUGGUUACAAUCAGGCUGGGAAAUGUUAACUAAGUUGAGGUGAGUGCUGAUGAUCAUUAGUCUACCAAUUGAAAGCAAUGCAGAUUUUCUCUACACACACACAUUAGGCCUAUAGCCUACCUGAUGAGCUUCCCUGAUGUUUUCCUGAACUUUCCAAUACUUCUCUGAUGCAUUUCAGUCACUUAGCCUACUGAUGCGAAUACACAUUUGUACACUUUUCCCAUAGGUUAUUCAAGUAAUUUGAAUAAGGCCUACAUCGUUUCAAUAACAAUAUAGCUGAAACCACUAUUGGCUUCAUUGACUUACUGAAUGUAUUCUCUUGUAAUUUUAGGCUAGGUUACUUGCUGAUAGAUGAUUAUUUGUAAUAUUAUUGUAACAGUAGACCUACCUACAGUUGAAGUCGGAAGUUUACAUACACCUUAGCCAAAUACAUUUAAACAGUUUUUCACAAUUCCUGACAUUUAAUCCUAGUAAAAAUUCCCUGUCUUAGGUCAGUUAGGAUCUCCACUUUAUUUUAAGAAUGUGAAAUGUCAGAAUAAUAGUAGAGAGAUUUAUUUCCGCUUUUAUUUAUUUCAUCACAUUCCCAGUGGGUCAGAAGUUUACAUACACUCAAUUAGUAUUUGGUAGCAUUGCCUUUAAAUUGUUUAACUUGGGUCAAACGUUUCGGGUAGCCUUCCACAAGCUUCCCACAAUAAGUUGGGUGAAUUUUGGCCCAUUCCUCCUGACAGAGCUGGUGGAACUGAGUCAGGUUUGUAGGCCUCCUUGCUCGCACACGCUUUUUCAGUUCUGCCCACAAAUGUUCUAUAGGAUUGAGGUCAGGGCUUUGUGAUGGCCACUCCAAUACCUUGACUUUGUUGUCCUUAAGCCAUUUUGCCACAACUUUGGAAGUAUGCUUGGGGUCAUUGUCCAUUUGGAAGACCCAUUUGCGACCAAGCUUUAACUUCCUGACUGAUGUCUUGAGAUGUUGCCACAUCAUUUUCCUUCCUCAUGAUGCCAUCUAUUUUGUGAAGUGCACCAGUCCCUCCUGCAGCAACGCACCCCCACAGCAUGAUGCUGCCACCCCGUGCUAAACGGUUGGGAUGGUGUUCUUCGGCUUGCAAGGUACCCCCUUUUUCCUCCAAACAUAACGAUGGUCAUUAUGGCCAAACAGUUCUAUUUUUGUUUCAUCAGACCAGAGGACAUUUCUCCAAAAAGUACGAUCUUUGUCCCCAUGUGCAGUUGCAAACCGUAGUCUGGCUUUUUUAUGGCGGUUUUGGAGCAGUGGCUUCUUCCUUGCUGAGCGGCCUUUCAGGUUAUGUCGAUAUAGGACUCGUUUUACUGUCGAUAUAGAUACUUUUGUACCCGUUUCUUCCAGCAUGUUCACAAGGUCCUUUGCUGUUGUUCUGGGAUUGAUUUGCACUUUUCGCACCAAAGUACGUUCAUCUCUAGGAGACGGAACGCAUCUCCUUCCUGAGCGGUAUGACGGCUGUGUGGUUCCAUGGUGUUUAUACUUGCAUACUAUUGUUUGGACAGAUGAACGUGGUACCUUCAGGCAUUUGGAAAUUGCUCCCAAGGAUGAACCAGACUUGUGGAGGUCUACAAUUUUUUUCUGAGGUUUUGGCUGAUUUCUUUUGAUUUUCCCAUGAUGUCAAGCAAAGAGGCACUGAGUUUGAAAGUAGACCUUGAAAUACAUCCACAGGUACACCUCCAAUUGACUCAAAUUAUGUAAAUUAGCCUAUCAGAAGCUUCUAAAGCCAUGACAUCAUUUUCUGGAAUUUCCCAAGCUGUUUAAAGGCACAGUCAACUUAGUGUAUGUAAACUUCUGACCCACUGGAAUUGUGAUACAGUGAAUUAGAAGUGAAAUAAUCUGUCUGUAAACAAUUGUUGGAAAAAUUACUUGUCAUGCACAAAGUAGAUGUCCUAACCGACUUGCCAAAACUAUAGUUUGUUAACAAGAAAUUUGUGGAGUGGUUGAAAAACAAGUUUUUUAAUGACUCCAACCUAAGUGUAUGUAAACGUCCGACUUCAACUGUACACAGUAACCUCAUAUGGGGUUACUGACCACAAUCGAUUGAAUUAAUAAUAAAAAGUUGAUGAUUUGGCCUUGGGGAGAGCACAGCGCAUGGAAGAAAACACAGCGCUGCAGGAAGGGCUGCUGGAAGGGCUGCAGAUAAAUUUGCAGCCUACAUUUGCCAAAUUAUAUAAUUACUCCUGUCUCUAUAAAAUAAAUGAAAUCAUUGAAAAUACUACACCAGAAUAAUUCAGCCACAGAGGAUCAAUAGCUUAUUUAAAAAAUUGCGGUAGAUUGUGUUUUGUCACAUUAUGAGCGUUUAUGCCUUGUUUACAGUCGGGAAACCCACAAUUAGGCAGCCGACGCGGCAAAUAUGAAACAGCUGAUUGUUGAUUUGUGGCUGUCAAUGAACAGCAGACAGCUGCUAGAAGGUAUUUCGCAAUAUUUCAAAAUACAAUUGUUUGAAUAGGUGAGUGCCACUGGAAAGUUGGUGGACUAUAAUUUCCUCCUCAUAUUGUAGGCCUAAGAUCUGUGUAUCCACUCUUUUCAAUGGCCUAUGCUAUUGGUUGCAUUUAAGACAUGGGUCAUUCGUUUUAUUGAUCUCAGUAUGUAAAUGUCAGAGUAGCUUGACAUUUUGAUAAUUUGUGUGGUAUAAAAAUAUAUUAUUGUAUUGUCUCCAGUCAUGUAAAAUGACGUAGAAUUGCAGGAAAUUAUUUUAGAAAGGCCCUUUUAUUCCUCAGCCCCACAAGCCCCUCGGCCCCUGGUCUUUAGGACUGAGCCCUGAAUGUUAUGAAACUCUGGUGAUGGCCCUGAUGGUCCUUACAUACUGUCACCUUACAUACUGCCAUCUCUCUCUUUCCCUUUCUCUCUCCCUCUCUACAUUACAGAACAUCUACUGAGAACAGCCAGCCAGCAGUCAGACAGUAGUGGUUUUGCAGAGGGCCCCUCUACUGAUGGCUCAGCUAACUAUUUAACGGUACAGGAGAGGGCUGACAGCUGUAACAGUGAGACCCCGCUGACGUCCUACACUAGGGAGGUGACCACUCCUCUAGCCCUUGAACACCCUGCCUUCGAGAGGCUGCAGGUGGAGCAGGAACAGGAGGAGGAGGAUGCGCAGACCCCUUUUGUCCUACAGAAACACCUUGAGGAGGAAGGGAGGGGGAGCAGGAGCCCUAAUGGGGAGGAGGAGGAGCAGGAGGUACCAAAGUACACCGUCCACCAGUUACCUAAACCAGGAGACAGAGGAGUGACCCAAGACUCGGAGCAGGACCAGCAGCAUAGCACUGCUGAGGAAGCUGCUUCUGUUCCUGCCUCUGAGACUCAUCAGUCAACUCCUGAGACUUACAAUACUAUUGAGCUUUCCGUAGAGGCUGAUCCUGACUCGGCUACAGUGCCUGGUCCUACAGAAGACCAUGGCUCCAUCCUGGCCCCAGACUGCAGCUCCUCUGGUGCCCCAGUCAGGGAGGGUGUGCCUGACAGGGUGGAGAUGGAAGCCAGACCCUCCAGCCCUAGCCCCAGCUGCCUCAUCCUCAGUGCCUCAGCAAGGGUCAACAGGGCCCUCCACAGGGCCCAGCAGAGGGCCUCCUCCCCAGGCCUCCAGGGCCCCCGGAUGGAGGGGAAGGUAACAGCGAGACAUCUGUUCAGGAGAAAAGCCCCCCUGACGAGGUCCCGAUCCCUGCCUACCUCCCUCCUCAGCCCCUCCCGUGCGGUCUCCUCUGUCAGGAUCCAGUUUGGCCAGGGGACAGUCAGGCACUGCACUCAGACGGUCUUUUCCUACCGAUACACCCCAGAGGAGGGGCAGGAGGAGGAGCGGCAGGAGGAGGAGGUGGGGUCCAUCGUGGAAGAGGAGGUUGCAGAGGGGGGUCAGAUCUUAAUUUUCAACAGAGAGGCUGAGCCAUCACAUGGCCCCGGGCUACAGAGAGAUGGGGAUCUGAGAAAACUUCAAGGCAGAGUUCCCCCUUACACCCUGGCCAUCCCCCGCCACCUGACCCGCUCAACCGUCUCACUGCACAGCCCCCCUCCUGAGUGGGGAGAGAGACCUCUGGUGGAGCACCACCGUGCCUGGAGCACCUGUAGCGUACCUAACCGCACCCAACAUAACCUGGCACAGCAUAACCACCCUAACCUGAACCACUUCAAUAACCCUAACCCCACCCAGCACAGCAACCCUAACUUCAACCUCACCCAACACAGCAACCCUAACUUCAACCUCACCCAACACAGCAACCCUAACUUCAACCUCACCCAACACAGCAACCCUAACUUCAACCUCACCCAGCACAGCAACCCUAACUUCAACCUCACCCAGCACAGCAACCCUAACUUUAACCUCACCCAGCACAGCAACCCUAACUCUAACCUCACACAACACAACCUAGCCCAACACAAUAACCCUACCCUCCCACAGCACACAGCCCCCAACUUACCCCAUCAUAUGGCCACUAACCAUCCUCACCAGAGUCCUCUUUACACUAACAACAUGGGCAACACCCUUCCACACAACUUCCCACACAGCACACACUACCCCUUUUCCCCGUACAGCUCCUCCUAUAAUACCCCGCCUCAUAGCGAACCUUUCAGUUCACCUUACUAUAACUACCACGGUAACCCCUAUAGUGGGUCCUACAACUACCUACACAGCAACAAUCCUUAUACUGCCCAUAGCUCUUACUCUAACCUGUCAAACACACCUUCCAACCUGCCUCCACAUCUCUCUACUGCCCCCUAUGGAGAUCCAUACAGUACUCCAUACCCUGGCCACCAUCCUUCAUUCCCUUACCCCCCUGGAGUUGACCCUAUGGGGGCAGCCCCUAAUUCCCACCCUCCACCAGCCAUGUCUACCACUGAGAUGCAGCUCAGACGGGUCCUUCAUGACAUCAGAGGAAGUGUACAGAAUUUGGCUCAGGUGAGACAAAACAACUACACACUACUGUAAAUGGCUUUGGAUUAAAGUGUCUGUUAAAUAUAGUAUAGUAUAGUACAUAGGUAUUCUAUAACUUUCUGUUCUAUAACCAUCCCACCCAUAAUGCAAGCAGAGACGUUUGCAUGCUAGUUUAUCAGUGACUAAUUAUUUGAUCUGUGGUUUCUCUGUGCUCAACAGAGUUCAUCAGAACGCAGAGCAGACACUCCCUCAGACGUUUUUAAUCCUCAGAGAUCUGCCCAGCCACUGUUUGAGGUAUUCACUCACCUGACCUGCCACUCUUACAGAAAUGUAAUCCAUGAUUACCUAUUCUGUCCUCCAACCUCUCCUGGGUUGUCUUGGGGGUUGGGAAAUAGGACAAAGACAAAUCUCUGUGGCCUUUUCUCAGUUGGAUUUGCUCAACUCCUGCAUCCUCUCUCCUCCGUCCUCUCUCGCCUCCUUUAGAAAAAGGUCAAAGGUAAUCGAGGAGAGGCGGCGUGGAUGAAAAUGCGCUUGUAUGAAAUGACUCCUUCUCCACUUGCAUGUCAUCAGGCAAACGUCUACGGGGUGGAUCCCAAAAUAAAUGUGUAAAGUGAUAAAAACAUAUUAAGUUAGUUGUGCAAGACAUUUUAUUGAUACAAUUAUAAGUAGCAUAUUGUUUCUAAACCUGUGCGUGCUUUUCUCCUCCAACAAAACGAAAGCUGAUUCAAAGGGGGCGUGGCAGAUAUCAAAACUCUUCUGCGAAGGAUUACACAUGACUAUCCUUGAUGGAAGGUGGCUAUCGAGGAGGGGAGGACAGUCUUCCGUUCGCGUACUAACAAAUUGACACUCGUUGACCACUUAUCGGUUUCCAGGUCGCGAAGGAGAGAGUACGGAGGACAGAGGACGAUCUUUUGCCCAAAUGAAAAUCUCCCUGUGUCGCUGUGACAAUAGACAAUAAAGUAAUCUUCUUACUGUUCUCCCCCUCCUCCUCCCCUCAGACCUCUCUCCAGGAGGAGCUGCAGGCUAAGAGGAGGAGUCUGAAUGUGUUCCGGACCCAGAUGAUGGAUCUGGAAGUGUCCCUGAUGAAACAACAGGCGUUAGUCUACCAGCACCUCAGUCACGACGAGAGGUAGGCUAGAGGCCCUCGCACUGGCUCGGACACGGAUGUUAGCAUAGUCUGUGACAGACAGACAGACAGACAUUCAUGCAUACAAGUGUCUUAAUAGGGCGUUGGGCCACCACGAACCAGAACAGCUUCAAUGCACCUUGGCAUAGUGUCUGGAACUCUAUUGGAGGGAUGUGACACCAUUCUUCCACGAGAAAUUCCAACAUUUGGUGUUUUGUUGAUGGUGGUGGAAAACGCUGUCUCAGGCGCCGCUCCAGAAUCUCCCAUUAGUAUUCAAUUGGGUUGAGAUCUGGUGAUUAAGGCGGUCAUUGCAUAUGGUUUACAUCGUUUUCAUGCACAUCAAACCAUUCAGUGACCACUCAUCCUAUACGGGCAUAGCCAUGGUAGCAACAUUAAUGGCCUGCCCAGCAUUUUUAUACAUGACCCUAAGCAUGAUUCACAUUUACAUUUACAUUUUUGUCAUUUAGCAGACGCUCUUAUCCAGAGCGACUUAUGAUGGGAUGUUAAUUGCUUAAUUAACUCAGGAAUCACACCUGUGUGGAAGCACCUGCUUUCAAUAUACGUUGUAUCCCUCAUUUACUCAAGUGUUUCCAUUAUUUUGGCAGUUACCUGUCCAUACAUCGUAACAGUGGUCUCUUUCCGUUUGUGAUUGCCAGGCAGGAGACUGAGCAGCUGCAGAGUCUGCGGUCAGCAGUGAGACGGGAGCUCCAGGAACUAGAGCUCCAGCUGGAGGAUCGGCUGCUGGCCAUGAACGAACAGCUCUGCUCUGCCAGCCACCACAGCCUCUACCGCCGCCGCAUGGUCGGUACCUGAAACUAUACCUGGAAACACACACACACACAGACAGGACUGACUGAUACUCUCUCACCCUUUUUCUCACUCAUAACUCCUAAAGAUGUUGGAUAAAUGGUUUGUCAUGACUCAGUUUGCUCAUGGCACCAGUACUGUGGGUUCCUGUGGGUUCCUCUGGGUUCUUCUCAUUUGACAUGACAUCAGGCUAGAUGUACAUCACUACUCUUGUGUUUGUUGUUUAGCCACCCAUCAUAUCAUCACGUACCUCUUCUUUAAUGUAACAUUAGUGUUGUUGAUAUUUAUCUCUCCUUUCUCCACGGUAUGAAGAGUGGUCACAGCAUGGACAGCCUGUCUAACACUUCUGCUCUGAGAGCUAUGGAGCCGGUGAGUACCUGCAGUGAGUCUGGGCUGUUCUUUUCUAGGUUGUUCCUCUAGGCGGUUCCUCCUGUAAUGGUGUGUGUUCUAUUCAUAGAAAUAGAAUGAACUUGCUUUCACUUCCUAAUAUUGGUAUCGUCAAUAUGGCUGCAGGUCCACCCAUCACAGAACAUUCACUUAAAUAGGAAUGUCUGUUCUAGGAAUUCUAAUUCUACAGUGCAUUCAGAAAGUAUUCAGACCCCUUGACUCUUUCCAAAUUGUGUUACAUUGCAGCCUUAUUCUAAAAUUGAUUACGUUUUUUUUAUUUUUUUUUAUCAUCAACCUACAGACAAUACCCCAUAAUGACAAAGCAUUUUGCACAUUUAUAAAAAAAAAUACACUUACAUAAGUAUUCAGACCCUUUACUCAGUACUUUGUUGAAGCAUCUUUGGCAGCGAUUACAGCCUUGAGUCUUCUUGGGUAUGACGCUACAAGCUUGGCACACCUGUAUUUGGGGAGUUUCUCCCAUUCAUCUCUGCAGAUCCUCUCAAGCUCUGUCAGGUUGGAUGGGGAGCGUCGCUGCCCAGCUAUUAUCAGGUCAGAGAUGUUCAAUCGGGUUCAAGUCCGGGAUCUGGCUGGGCCACUCAAGGCCAUUCCUGCGUUGUCUUGGCUGUGUGCUUAGGGUCGUUAUCCUGUUGGAAGGUGAACCUUCGCCCCAGUCGGAGGUCCUGAGCGCACUGGAGCAGGUUUUCAUCAAGGAUCUCUCUGUACUUUGCUCCGUUCAUCUUUCCUCCCUGACUAGACUCCCAGUCCCUGCCGCUGAAAAACAUCCCCACAGCAUGAUGCUGCCACCACCAUGCUUCACCGUAGGGAUGGUGCCAGGUUUUCUCCAGACGUGAUGCUGGGCGUUCAGGCCAAAGAGUUCAAUCUUGGUUUCAUCAGACCAGAGAAUCUUGUUUCUCAUGGUCUGAGAGUCCUUUACAGUGUGGGGAAAAAGUAUUAGAUCCCCUGCUGAUUUUGUACGUUUUCCCACUGGCAAAGAAAUUAUUAGUCUAUAAUUUUAAUGGUAGGUUUAUUUGAACAGUGAGAGACAGAAUAACAACAAAAAAAUCCAGAAAACCGCAUGUAAAAAAUGUUAUAAAUUGAUUUGCAUUUUAAUGAGGGAAAUAAGUAUUUGACCCCCUCUCAAUCAGAAAGAUUUCUGGCUCCCAGGUGUCUUUUAUACAGGUAACGAGCUGAGAUUAGGAGCACACUCUUAAAGGGAGUGCUCCUAAUCUCAGUUUGUUACCUGUAUAAAAGACACCUGUCCACAGAAGCAAUCAAUCAAUCAGAUUCCAAACUCUCCACCAUGGCCAAGGCCAAAGAGCUCUCCAAGGAUGUCAGGGACAAGAUUGUAGACCAUCACAAGGCUAGAAUGGGCUACAAGACCAUCGCCAAGCAGCUUGGUGAGAAGUUGACAACAGUUGGUGCGAUUAUUCGCAAAUGGAAGAAACACAAAAUAACUGUCAAUCUCCCUCGGCCUGGGGCUCCAUGCAAGAUCUCACCUCGUGGAGUUGCAAUGAUCAUGAGAACGGUGAGGAAUCAGCCCAGAACUACACGGGAGGAUCUUGUCAAUGAUCUCAAGGCAGCUGGAACCAUAGCCACCAAGAAAGCAAUUGGUAACACACUACGCCGUGAAGGACUGAAAUCCUGCAGCGCAUGCAAGGUCCCCCUGCUCAAGAAAGCACAUAUACAGGCCCGUCUGAAGUUUGCCAAUGAACAUCUGAAUGAUUCAGAGGAGAACUGGGUGAAAGUGUUGUGGUCAGAUGAGACCAAAAUCGAGCUCUUUGGCAUCAACUCAACUCGCCGUGUUUGAAGGAGGAGGAAUACUGCCUAUGACCCCAAGAACACCAUCCCCACCUUCAAACAUGGAGGUGGAAACAUUAUGCUUUGGGUGUGUUUUUCUGCUAAGGGGACAGGACAACUUCAACGCAUCAAAGGGACGAUGGAUGGGGCCAUGUACCGUCAAAUCUUGGGUGAGAACCUCCUUCCCCUCAGCCAGGGCAUUGAAAAUGGGUCGUGGAUGGGUAUUCCAGCAUGACAAUGACCCAAAACACACAGCCAAGGCAACAAAGGAGUGGCUCAAGAAGAAGCACAUUAAGGUCCUGGAGUGGCCUAGCCAGUCUCCAGACCUUAAUCCCAUAGAAAAUCUGUGGAGGGAGCUGAAGGUUCGAGUUGCCAAACGUCAGCCUCGAAACCUUAAUGACUUGGAGAAGAUCUGCAAAGAGGAGUGGGACAAAAUCCCUCCUGAGAUGUGUGUAAACCUGGUGGCCAACUACAAGAAACGUCUGACCUCUGUGAUUGCCAACAAGGGUUUUGCCACCAAUACUAAGUCAUGUUUUGCAGAGGGGUCAAAUACUUAUUUCUCUCAUUAAAAUGCAAAUCAAUUUAUAACAUUUUUGACAUGCGUUUUUAUGGAUUUUUUUGUUGUUAUUCUGUCUCUCACUGUUCAAAUAAACCUACCAUUAAAAUUAUAGACUAAUAAUUUCUUUGUCAGUGGGCAAACGUACAAAAUCAGCAGGGGAUCAAAUACUUAAUUCCCUUUGGCUUAAUUCUUAAUUCCUUUUGGCAAACUCCACAGUGUGCCUUUUACUGAGGAGUGGCUUCCGUCUGGCCACUAUAACAUAAAGGCCUGAUUGGUGGAGUGCUGCAGAGAUGGUUGUCCUUCUGGAAGGUUAUCCUAUCUCCACAGAGGAACUCUGGAGCUCUGUCAGAGUGACCAUCGGGUUCUUGGUCACCUCCCUGACCAAGGCCCUUCUCCUCCGAUUGCUCAGUUUGGCCGGGCGGUCCGCUCUAGGAAGAGUCUUGGUGGUUCCAAACUUUUUCCAUUUAGGAAUGAUGGAGGCCACUGUGUUCUUGGGGACCUUCAAUGCUGCAGAAAUGUUUUGGUACCCUUCCCCAGAUCUGUGCAUCGACACAAUCCUGUCUCGUAGCUCUACGGACAAUUCCUUCGACCUCAUGGCUUGGUUUUUGCUCUGACAUGCACUGUCAACUGUGGGACCUUAUAUAGACAGGUGUGUGCCUUUCCAAAUCAUGUCCAAUCAGUUGAAUUUACCACAGGUGGAAUCCAAUCAAGUUGUAGAAACAUCUCAAGGAUGAUCAAUGGAAACAGGACGCACUGGAGCUCAAUUUCGAAUCUCAUAGCAAAGGGUCUGAAUACUUAUGUAAAUAAGGUAUUUCUGUUUUUAAUUUUUUAUACAUUUACAAAAACUUUAAACUUUUCUUUUUGCUUUGUCAUUAUGGGGUAUUUUGUGUAGAUUGAGGAACAUUAUUUAUUUAUUUUUUUACAUUUUUUAUUUUAGUCAUUUAGCAGAUGCUCUUAUCCAGAGCGACUUACAGUUAGUGAGUGCAUACAUAUUAUUAUUAAUUUUUUCAUACUGGCCCCCCGUGGGAAUUGAACCCACAACCCUGGCGUUGCAAGCGCCAUGCUCUACCAACUGAGCUACACAGGGCCAUUUUAGAAUAAGGCUGUAACGUAACAAAAUGUGGGGAAGGGUCUGAAUACUUUCCGAAUGCACUAUAUGGUUUUACUCUUGUCGCACUUCACUGUGACAUGCUUGUGGUUUGUGUGGUUUCUCCCUCCAGAUGUCGAACCUGCUGAUGGAACCGCUGUACCUGCAGACAGAGCUGGGCUAUGAGGGCGGGGCAGAGGGCAGACCUAGCAUGGCACCCACCCCGAGCUCAGGCCGCUCCUCCAGGUCAGCCAGUCCAAUGAGGUCCUUCGGAUGUCACCCAGGCUCCUCCCACACCCCAGAGCUGCCUCUCCCAGGCCCCCAGAAGACAGAGGUGUACCGGGCCUCCAUCUCCCUCACCCCAGCCCCCCCUCCACGGCCUGGUGCCUCCACAGGGGCCCCCCAGGGCCAGAUCAGUCCUCCAGAGGCUCAGUACCAUGCCAUAGGCCAGGCACUGACAGGAGAGCAACAUCCAGAGGAUCGAGCACAAGGAGAGGACAGAGGAGGAAGAGGGGCAGCUGUAGACCCCCACCUGCUAGAGGAGAGGGGUAGGGAGGGAGGAAGAGGAGGAAGGUUAGGAAGAGGAAGGGCAGACAACCCCCAGCUACAGCAGCUCAUCAAGGAGGUUAGUGAGCUCAGUGUGUUCUAAGAUUUGUCCUUCACUGAACUAUGAGUGCUCAAAUUGGACUCUGCCCAGUGCCUGCCAGUAUUUGUGUUUGAGGUGCAAUAACAAAUGCCAAUAUCACCCAGGACAUGUUUUAUUAUGUCCUUGGCUGACGGACAAGGUUACUACAUUCUUAUUGACAGACGAUUCCGCUCAUGAAAAAUCAUUCACUGAGCUGAUUUUAAGAGCUUGUCAGGGGACAAAUGGAGCACAUUUUGAAGCUUGAAAAUGGAAGUUGGAUUCCACAGGAACCUAUGGCUAUACUAUAGGACUACUUCUUAGUCAGUGGCCUGAUGUCAGUGUUUGGCAGGGCUUUAAAGAUGGAAUCUGCAUUAAGGGGAAAUUACACAACUGGCCGCCCCACCACUGUUGUUAUUGUUUUUUUUUGCCGAGGUGAGGAGCAUCGUGCAGCAUGGUGAAAAAAAUGCUGUACAUAUUGUGCUCUUUUAUUGCGCGUACAUUGAUGUCCAAGCGGGAAAAACAGUGUUCAUGUUUGCAGUAACUUCUUUGUUGUUGUAAUGUUGCAAACGGAAGUGGCAGUUUCACCAUUUAAGGAUUUCAGCUUGAAUUGUUUUGAGGGAUGAGAGGUGUCUGUCAGUGUGUGUUUUGUGUUUCACACAUCUGUUUAAAAUCAACUUUAUUUAUGAAGCCUGAUUACAGCAACAGAACAGGGUGUACUGCCAAUACUGGGUCGUGUUCAUUAGAGCACUCUGUGGCAAAACGUUAUGCAACGAUAAACAAGCAUUUCUUAAUGGACAAGUUCUGAUGGCACCUCCUUGUUUCACUCAGUUUCUGAGCAUUGUCUUCUGUUUGAAUGUAGUCAGUUCUUCUGUCCCUACCUAUCAAAGAGACCAUUGAUUGAUUGAUUAAUUGAUUAGUCUCUCUGUGUAACUUCUGUCCUCUACCUCAGAUCAAAGAGAGCCUUGCUGAUGAGAUCCGACAGGAGAUAGCCAACGAGCUCCUAGCGGCCGUAUCUCCACGACGAUCACCUGUGUUGGCCAGAGAAUACCCC